AACCACAGAAGCUAUAAUGGUCCGUGACACAGGCGAUCAAAAAGCUGGCUUUCUAUAUAAGACCCAACACUCCACCAUGGUUUAUAUAUGAGCUUCUUCUUCUGUUUCUUAUUCCUCCUUGAAACGUCCCAUCUCUUCUUCUUGAUUCCUUUAGCUGUCAUCAAGAAUCCGAGAACCUCGUAGCUAAUAUACCAAUGGAUUCGUAUUACGUUGGGUAUGUGGACAGCGAGGAGCCACACUUUCUAGAAUCUUGCUCUCUUUGUCGCAAAACCCUUUCUAUCAACUCUGACAUUUUCAUGUACAGAGGAGACAUGGCAUUCUGUAGCCAAGAGUGUAGGCAAGAACAGAUUGAGUCUGAUGAAAUCAAAUCAAAGAGCUGGAGAAAAACGUCGUCGUCUUCCGGAUCAUCUCUCCGGAAAUCGUCUGAUCCGAAAGAUUCUGUCGCCGGGGAAACCAUACGGACAAAAACUCUCAUCAUGGCUUAAUUAGUACUUAUUGCCUCUUCAUCCGACCUUUGUAGAUUGGAUGUGGAGUUUCUUAAUAAAGAGAGAGAGAGAGAACAGAGAAGCCAAAGUAUAUUAUUGGCUGUGAAGUUUUUUUUGUUCUAUCUGCUUAAAUUUUUGGUUCUAUUUUUUACUUUUUACCACUGAGAGACGAGAAGAGAGAUCUUUGUGUGUGUUUCUUGAUGAUUCUCUCUGUUGUUUAAAGAGAAGAAAAUAAUGCAAAACCGAAGUUUCUUUUACAAUUCAA